UGCUAUUACAUCGGUUACAAUUUUUUUCCCUCCCAAAAUUUUCACUGCAUCUGCCAAAAAUUAAAAUAAUAUGUAACAUAAAUUAAAGAAGUAUAUAUAGAAAAUUUUCCACUACUGUUAAAUAUUCCCAUUCUCAACCAUACACCGCCAUACGCUCCGACCACAUGGCACCACCGGUACGCUCCGACGACCACACACGACACGCCACCAGUGGCUCCGACCACACACUACCAGUUGCUCCGACCAUACACCAUCAAUUCGAUUCCAGCUUUCAAUUUGCACUUCAAUUUCUGAGCUAAUUUGCAAUUUUCUUCUUUAAUUUGGUGAUUUUAAGGGGGAAGGGGAUUUGUGGAGGUGGAAGAAUUUGGAGUCCCUGACACAGUUGUUAAGUUAAUGUCAUGGUGUGGUGAUAAUAUUUGCUUGGGGAUUAGAAGAGAAUACAUGAUAUUGAAUACCACCAACGGUGUAUUGUCUUAGGUUUUUCCUUCAGGGAGUAUUGUUGCGCCUCUUAUGGUGUCUCUUCCCUCCGGAGAACUUCUUUUGGGCAAGGGCAUUCUCCUUGCUAAAGCGUGUUUGUAGAUAAUCAAUUACAGAAAAUGCCAAAAAGGAAAACCAACAAAGCAUAUUAUUGAAUAAGAAAAGGUAUCUUGCAAUACUGAGCGUAGAUGAUGCGGGAAAAGUUCUUCUAAAACGUUUAAUAUGAAACAUUCUUUUGAAUCCUUCUGCUUUUGCGUUAAAGUGGUAAAGGAAAACUGGAGAAGCAGUUCCGGAUGUCCUGUAGGGUUGUGGCCUAUUUGACUGCUAUCGGGCAGAAGAUCUGGAGACUGCCUCCUUCAUAUAUGUAGUUGAUGGGGAACUUACUACUAUUGUGGCUGAGACAAAUCCACAGGCAUUUUUAUGUCAAUCCUAAGUGCUGGAGGCUGUUUGCCGACCUUUUGGAGAAUACUGCUUAUGGGCUAGAGAUUUUGACCCCUGCCUUCCCACAUCUAUUUGUUCCUAUUGGAGCUGUUGCUGGAGCAGGGAGAUCGGCUGCUUCCUUAAUUCAGGCUGCUACAAGGAACUGUUUCUAUGCUGUUUUGGCGCUCAAGAGGAAUUUCGCUGAGGUGAUUGUGAAGGGUGAAACUCAAGGAAUGGUGAGCAAAGCUAUUGGAAUCAUGCUUGGCAUUGCCCUGGCUAACUGCACCCGCUCUUCUACAUCUCUUGCUCUUGCUUCUUUUGAUGUGGUAACUUGGAUCCAUAUGUUCUGCAAUCUGAAGUCAUAUCAGUCCAUUCAACUAAGGACUUUAAAUCCUUAUCGUGCAAGUACUUCUCUUCCUUUGCGUUUUUAUUUCUUAAAUCAUAAUAUAAACACAAUUAAUUUGAAAAGCACAAGGGAGUUUUCUUGGUAUUCGCCUUGCUAUACAUGAAAUGUUCUGUACGUUUGGCAUUUUGAACAAUUUCAGAAAAGCAAUUUAGCAAUUGGGAGAUGGGCGGGUAAGAAUUGUUCAAUUCCCCUUUGGAAAGGAGCUAGAUUCCACCGGCUGUUACAUGAAAUUUUCUCUAUGAUUGAUGUGUUUUGAACAUUUAUCAGGAAAAAAGAUUAAGGGAUUGAGGGCUGGUUGUUAAGGAUCGUUUUAACUUUGUCUUUCAAAAGGUAGAGGAGGUUCUGUUGGCUAUCAUGCCCAUAGGAGAUCUACCCCUUUUAAGUCAUUCUUAAGGUAAAUGAUGUACCUUGGAUUUGAAUUCUGACACAAUCAAGCUUGUGAUGUUUAACUUUUCUGAGAUUUUGCUUGUUCCUUGUUAUAUCUCACCAACUGAGAUUUCUAUUCUACGUGCAGGAUGAGAGACUAAGACAUUUUCUGAGAAUCUUGCAAACAUAUUGGACAUUCAACUCCAUGGACCUUCAAGCAUUCAGAAAACUGAUCCAAAAACUGAAUGUGGCAUUUGUUAUGCUCCAUAUCUUCCAAUUGGUAAUCCUAUAUCCGUAAGAUAAAACCCAUUGAUAUUCUGUGGAUGGCAUUGACUUGGUGAUGUCAAUCUAUAUGAAGAACUUGGUGAUAGAAGUGGAAGUAGCACCGAUUGUAUAUGUGAAAAUAACAGCUGCAGUAGGGCCUUCCAGAGUGUUUGCCUGAAAAACUAUACCAGGCAUACGAAUAGCCAUUAUUGUUGGAACUGCUGCGUCAUUUCUUGCCUGCCCGACUGAACUUAUAAAAUGCAGAUUGCGCUGCACGAGAAGUACCAGGAAAUUCUGUUAUGUUUGGAGUAUAAGAAGCAUUAAUGCAGUAUUUUGUAGGAGGCAUGGAUACAUCUGGUGCUGUUGUUCAGCUGAGAAGGUUUCGAGAGGUCCAAGACUUGCUGCUUUUUGAUUUAGAUUACUAGCUUCUGGUAAAGAUUUGUUUUGUGAUGUGUAUAUAAUUGUGUAUUAUAAUUUAUUAUAUAUGUAAAUACUAAUUUAUGUGGUUACAUAAAAUUUUAAUUCGGAUUAUUAUAUUAAUG